AUGGCCUCUGCUUGGCAUGGUCUGGACUUGCUGCUGAGCUCAUUGCCUCAUAGGGGGGCAAAAGAACUUGUAGAAUGGAGGGUUAUGAUUAAGCUCUUCAAAGUGUUCACUCUUAUUUCCACCAGCAAAGUUGGCAGCAACGAUGAUGCAGAUCUGACAUCUUUAUUGCUAAGCAUUGAAGACACUGUUCACAAACUACUUGACCAAUUUCAUCCUCUCUGUAUUCAUCACCAUUCCGAUGAUGAAGCUAAAAAUUUGUUUGCCAGUCUGGAUGAAGAGUUUGUAAAGGAAAUCGAUACCUUUGUCGGAGCGAAUAAAAGGUGGUAUGUCACAAUGUUGGAUUCCCUGCUGCAAGAAUCAAGUAGUACCUCUGUUUUUACCUUAGAGGGCAUAUCUUUAAUCACAAGUUUCAAUUAUGAGGUUGUCCAGAGUUGCGAUGACAAUUCUGAAGCAGAGGACUUGAUCGAGCAGAUGAAAACCUUGCAACUCCUAACCGGAUUUGUUGAUGAAAAUCCAGCCCACAAUUUGUUGGCUCCUGCUGAAGCUUUUGCUAUCAAUGCACAUCUCUUCCUCCUGGUUCCUGACGAAUACAUGGAGCAUAAGCUUGGGGUCGAAAAUCUUGACGGAGAUUGCGAUUUCAUUUCUUACUUUGAGCAUCUGUACUACGAGGCUUGUAUUCAAACCUUGCUGAGUAGCACAAAGUUAUCAAGAGUAGAUGAUGCAGGGGAGCCUGAGGACGCCUUAAUUGAUGUCAAGAGACUAAGAUCCUUCAAGAGAAACAUUCUCAAAGAAAACAACAACAUUGAUGCGGACAUUGUGGCUGCACUACGCGAUGCCGGAGUCAUAAUCUUCUCAUUGCUUCUUGACCACACAAAUGCAACGGAACCAGACCUCGGACGAGUCCUUCAAGAAGAUUUGACGAGAAGGAUCGAGGCAAUUUUGGCGCAACUUGGAGGAAAAGAUCCACCACAGGUACCACCAGCAUUAUUUGCCUUUUCCCGGACUAAUCAGCUGGGUUUUGCCGAUUUCGUGUUGGAAAAAUUGAUGGACCUGAGUGUUAAAAGAAUCCAUGAAGAACUUGUCUUCCUAAGAUCUUUCAGGGGGGACAUUGUGGAGCUACGCCACCAACAGGAGGAACUCCAAGAUCUUUGGAAUAGUGUUAUAGAAAUGGCGUCUCGGGUGGAGAUUCUCAUUGAUGACCUUCUUCUAGAUGGUGACACUCAAGAUUCUUCUUCAGCAUCAAUCAGUUCUAUUAUGAAAGACAUCAAGACUUUGAAGCCCAAAAUAGAACUCAAGAGAUCAGAAAUUAAAGCCAACAGGCUAGAAAUUAAGGUGAGGGAAGAAGCCAUCAGUGAGUUGCCAUCACAAGCAACAACUCUCGCAACAAUACCAAAUGAAGUCAUUGGCUUUUCUGAUGAUGCAAGAUCAAUUGUGGAUCAACUCACCCGAGGAUCCACCCAUUUGAAAAUCGUUUCCAUUGUAGGUAUGCCAGGACUAGGCAAGACUAGUUUGGCUACAAAAGUCUACAAUGAUAAUUCUGUUCUGCACCAUUUUCAUGUUCGUGCCUGGUGUUCAAUCUCAAAAGCGCUGGACAAAAAGAAUGUGUUAUUCAGCCUUCUAAGUCAGGGUUUGCCGCUUACUAUCGUCAUUGUAGCUGGAAUCCGAGCAACUGCUAAGAAACCGGAGGUUUGGAAAGGAAUUUGGGAUGAUUUAAUCUCAAGGGAUGCAUCAGUUCGACAAAACUGCACCCACGCCUUGGAACUUAGCUACGACUUUUUACCGGAUCAUUUAAGGCCAUGCUUUCUCUAUUUCGGGGCAUUUUCAGAAGAUGAAGAGGUUUCAGCGGAUAGGUUAUGUUACCAGUGGAUGGCAGAAGGUUUUGUUCGGAAAGCUGAGGGAAAGCGAACAAAUGAUGUUGCUGAAGGCAGUCUUUGGGAACUUCGGAAAUUGAAGUACCUUUACUUGAAAGGUUAUUGCGUAAAUAGUGGUGGUAUUUUGCCCCUAGAAAAUCUUGAUGGCUCGCCGGUUUUAUAUGAGUUGGACAAGCUUUCCGGUGCUCUUAUUCUUGAGUCGAGAUUCAUGGAAAGGCUAAUGAGGAAGUUCCCAAACAUCUGUAAGCUGCACUGCGUUGUUUCUGUUACUCAAGAUGAUGAAUUGCGGAACCUGGAUACCAUUGUAGUUCCUGAGUUCUUGAGGCGACUAGAAUGGCUUCAUAUGUCCUGUCGUCGCACACUUGACAGGACUUUGAAGCACUGGAGUCUGCCGCCAAAUCUGAAGAAAUUGGUGCUGUCAAACUUUGAUCUUUCUUCGGAGAGUAUGUCGACCAUUGGUAAACUGCCAAACCUCGAAGUUCUCAAACUAGAUCGAGCCCACUUCGAAGAAGAAACAUGGGAAAUGGGAGAAGGUGAAUUCUCAAAACUCAGAGGCUUGAAGUUUUAUGAACCGGGGAACCCUGAGAGAAAGUUUCUUGUCCAGGUGGAGAACCGCUUGCGAUGA